AUGUCAAACGACAAACGAGAUAACUUCUCUAAUCCGGGUUUGGAUCCACCUCCACCACCUUAUUCUUCAUCUGAGAGUUCACAAAUUGUGCCACCGAAUGAAAGCACGCGUCUUCAUUCGCCUAAUACAAAACAUUAUUCUGCCACACCUAACCUUACAUACCAUUCACCUCAACGGGAACAAGUACAUGCAGAAAUUCCACAACCUUUACCUUUAUUUGUUGAGCAAUCACCCGUAUUACUUCAAGACUUACGAACUGAACCUUGUAUUACAAUUUGUCCACAUUGUAAACAAAUUGUAUUAAGUUCGACCAAGUUCAAAAGUGGAUCUGCCACCUACUUAACUUCUUUAACUUUAUUGGUAUUAGGCUUGACUUCUUGGGGGUGUUGUUUGAUUCCUUUUUGUGUCAAUAAUUUGAAAGAUUGUGUUCAUUCAUGUCCUAAAUGUGGUAAAGUUAUGGCUAAAUAUUCAAGAAUUGAUGGAAAAGUUUAUAGACACAGAGAAUAA